AUUUUUGAAAAAGUUGCUUGCUUGAUCCGAUUUAUAAAUAAUGCUUGUGACUGUUGUGAAAUAAAGCUGUUUCAUCGCAGGUCGCAAUUUCAGGAUAUCAGUUGACAAUUUACACAUAUACACAGUGGAAGUGCUUCAUGAAACAAUGCCUGGAUGGAAAGCAGGAAAACAUGGAUUAAUUUCACUAGUACUUCUUGCGAACGUUAUAUUUAUAAUCUAUGUAAUAUCUAAUGCUUACAGAACACCAAACAAUUUUUCAACACUUACCAAUGAUGGUAGCUAUAAUACUAGGAAUAUAACAAAAAUAGUUAUAUUUACAUAUAUGAGAAGUGGAUCAACUUUCUUUUCUGAAUUGUUUUCGCAGCAUCCAGAUGUGUUUUACAUAUUUGAGCCACUGCGUAUUUGUGGCUGCUUAAAACACGACUUCGAUUAUCCCAAAGACAAAACAACAAUACAAAAUGCAUACAUAAAAUACAUAUUGAAUUGUGAUUUUGGUAACAAUGAUUUUCUGUCAAGGGUGAAAAAUAAUAAAAAAUGCAAAUGGAAAAGUACCUUUAGGGGUGUUGACGACGUUGAAAGUGUUCCACACCUUUGUGCAAGUAAAAAGAUAGUGGCGAUAAAAAUAAUCCGUGCAGAGUCAUUAGAGCGUGUUGCUGGUGUUCUAGGCAGUGACACUGCUUUGUUCUUCUUGAUCAGAGAUCCUAGGGGUGUACUUAAUUCGAGGAAACAGCUACCAAGUCAGAAUAUGUAUAUGCAUAUGGCUGACAAACUUAGAGACAUGAAUGAUUUGUGCAAGAUGGAUUUAGCAAAUUAUGAAUUUCUACAACGGCUCUCCAGAGAAUCAGCAUCUCAAUUACAUAAGAUGCCCUUGAUAAAACUGAUACAGUAUGAGCACAUUGCUUAUGAUCCAUUAAGCAUUGCGAAAAAGUUGUACGAGUUUAUCAAUAUUCCAUUUCAUAAUAGAGUUGCUGAUUGGAUAAAUAAUAAUACAUUUUCAGGAAGUGACCAAAUACUUCAUGGCACUAAACGCAAGUCGAAAGAGAUUCCAAACAAAUGGCGGACUGGUUUAACUAAGGAAGAAAUACAUAUGGUUCAUAGUAUUAAAGCUUGUGCCAAGGUCGUUGAAUUAUUUGGAUAUAACAAUACAUAGGAAUAAAAAAAAAAUGUAUUCAGUAGACAGCAGUAGCAGGAGACAGUGAACGUUUUUUGAAAAAUACACUUUAGAUCAAUGAUUUGAUCAUAUGCUAUGGGCGAUAGAAAUCAUUUUUAAAUAAAGAUGGCAUGAUAAUCGAUCUGUGUUUAUCUAUGUUUCUCUUAACAGAUAAUGCUGGAUUCUGUUGAUGCUGCCAUCUUUAUAUCGGCCCAGAACCUAUGGAUUUGAUUUUAUUUAUUUCGCAAACUUCUAAAAUUGAUCAAUUCUUAAUAAAAAGUAGCAUACGUGAAUCAACCAUUGUAAAAAUUGUAAAUUAUUUUGUUGAUGAUUUAUGACUAGAGCUGGAAAGAUCAAAGUCAAAAUGUUUACCUAAUGUUACUCAUGUGUAUAGAAACUAAAUACUAUAUAGCUAGAUGUAUAAAUGAGUAAUCUGGACAUUAAAGUCUAUGUCAAUGCAUGAGGAAUGAGCAUUUUUGCUAUAAUUUGCAAUAAAUUUUUUUAUCCACAAAACAGCAAAUGUUGCAAAUAAAAUGCCUCUGUCCCAAAUGAAUUUGGGAUUUAAUAAUUUUUCUUUAUUUGAUUUAAUUUGUCAAGUUGUGAUUUUGAACAUAACACAAUUAAUUUACUAUUUGGGAGUUUGUAUUUGUAGUAACCACAAAACCUGGCAUAUUAAUUAAAUAAAUUUAAUAUCAACAUUCUACUUCAACUGUAUAUUUGAUAUGAAUUACAUCAUUUGGGAUUUUGAAGUUUGAAUCACAUGAAGACUCCUCUCAUACCAUCCUCCUAAGCAGGUAUCCAGAAUCCGUACCUCCUUCUUCCCCCUGCU